CUUCCUUCUGAAUGCUGUCCGAGACAUCAAUUGAUGUGAUAUCAAGUUGAUGAAGGCACCAAGCCCCCGGAAAGUCGAACCAGUUGAAUUCCUCUUUCGAACCGUACGUAACGAGUCGACGUCGUCUUGAAGCAGCUCGAGGAUCAUAAGUACGAGUAUGACUUGCUCGUGAUUCGUCAAGGAGAUCAGACAACUCGUACUAGUCGUCGGCUCAUUGACCCGCUUUCUAGACCGCCCGCAAAGGUUGUUACUGCAUGUUCGCUGACUCUGUGGUCAUCGCUAUCGUCGUUCUGAUCGUAUGGCUCUGGAGACGACGAAUCUUUGUACAGCGACGUUCGAAAGGCUUUCCACUACCCCCCGGGCCCCGCAGAAAGCCUCUCAUAGGCAAUCUGCUCGACAUACCACGAUUCUGCGCUUGGCACAAGUUUCUGGAGUGGAAGGAACAGUAUGGCGAACUUGUCUAUGUGGAGGUACUCGGCAGCCAAAUUCUCGUUCUGAACUCACUCGAAGCCGUAUCGGAUUUGCUCGAAUCGAGACCAGCAAAUUAUUCCGAUCGCCCAACGUUCACCAUGCUCGGUGAACUUAUGAAACUGGAUAACAGUAUGCCGUUGCUUCAAUACAGUGAUCCAUCUUGGAAAAAGCAAAGAAAGGUUGCACAUCUCGCUCUCAGUCCUGAGGCUGUGAGAACGUAUGACCUGGUUGCCGACAACGUCGUAAAAUACGUGGACAGCUUAUUGGACAAACCCGACGACUUUGCUCCACAACUCCGUCUUGCGACCGGGCGUAUAAUCAUGUCCGUAAUCUAUGGUUUACCGGUAGAUACGCCAGAUGACCUGUAUAUAACUCACGCGGAGAGCACCAUGGAAAUGAUCGGAAAAGCAAUGGUCCCAGGGACGUUUCUGGUCGAUCUCAUUCCACCAUUAAAGCACCUGCCUGCUUGGCUUCCAUUCAAUAACAUCCAUAAAGUAGCCGCCAGUGGUCGGGCUCAAAUUCUUGAACUGGUGACCCGCCCGUAUGAGCACGUCAAGCGGGAAAGAGAACGGGGCACCGCUCAUUCUUCUUUCACCUCCGACUGUCUGGACAAGAGCGAGGCCAGUGACCCUACCGCGCGAGCCGAGAUGGAACAUGUUAUCCUAUGGGCAGCAGGAUCAAUGUAUGGUGCCGGAGGUGAAAGCUCAUAUUCAACCACAAUGAGCUUUAUUCUCGCUAUGGCCAUGUUUCCUCAAGUUCAAGCAAAGCUGAAAGAGGAGGUGCUGAGAGUUGUUGGAGACGAUCGUCUCCCAACUCUCCAUGAUCGAGAUUCAAUGCCGUACAUGAACGCGGCUGUCAAGGAAGCUACACGGUGGAGACCUGCGCUCCCUCUCAGCAUCGCGCGGAGAACGAAAACUGCAGACUUCUAUAAAGGAUAUUAUAUUCCUGAAGACACGAUUGUCCUUCCCAAUGUAUGGGCAAUUUCUAAAGACGACAAGAGCGGUAUAUCACCUGAAGAGUUUGCUCCAGAGCGUCAUCUGGCAGGCUGCGUCAAAGAGACUUCAAUAGAUCCGUACUCAUAUGUCUUCGGCUUUGGACGCAGAGUCUGCCCAGGCAAAUAUUUAGGUGACAACAUACUCUUCUUACUCCUCUCCAAUAUCGUGUUCGCCGUCAAUAUCUCGAAGAAAUUGGAUGCCAACGGAAAAGAGAUUCCUUUACCCCCCUCAUAUAGUCCGGGGCUCGUUAGUUUCCCGGAACACUUUGAGGUGAAUAUAUCGCCUUCGUCGAAGGCGGCCAUCUCCGUGAUUAAGGAGAGGGUGGUCCAGUUUUCCUGAAGUGUUGGAGGAGGUUCAUCAUACAUUUCAAGAGGUUUCACAAGAUCUUCAAGAGUUCGAACAGGUAUUGCGCUGUCUGUGUAAAUGAUGGUACUUGCGGCUGAGCCAAAUCACGUUGGGGGACCAAAUAGAAGAUUUGCAACCUAGUACAUAUUCAGGCUUGUGUGUAGCUAACCAUGUCUUCUGUGUUCAACUUCAUGUAAGGGAGUAUGAUAAACUGGGCUGAUGAUAAACGGGUGACUCGGUGUCGGGUUAUGACAACUCGAUA